AUUUGCAUAUUAAUUCAAAGGAUAGCGAUGACAAUGUAAACGCCACAGUACUCGCUUAGCCAUAUUGUUUAUUACUCGGAAAACUAAAUUACCAUGUCUGUGAUUUUAAAAGGAGCAAUCAGACUAUACUAUUAUCUUAAUGAAGAAAUAGCUGAUAAAAGGAGUCAAGAAUGGUUCCUCAUGAGAAACCCAUGGCCUGGAUUGGUUAUCAUAGGAAUUUAUUUAUUGGCUGUAUUCAAAUGGUUGCCAGAAUAUAUGAAAAAACGAGCUGCCUACGAUCUGCGCGUAGUUAUAGCAAUUUACAAUGUAAUCCAAAUAAUAGGUUGUAUGUACAUUGUAUAUCAAAGUCUAGUGCUGGGCUGGCUGAAUCACUACAGAUUUGUUUGCCAGCCGGUUGACCACGGACCGAACAGUGUUGAGUAUGCCUGGAAAGUCUGCUAUUUAUACUUUGUUAUUAAGAUGAUGGAUCUACUUGAUACGGUUUUCUUUAUAUUGAGAAAAAAACAAAAUCAAGUGACAUUCUUACAUGUUUAUCAUCAUUUUGGUAUGGUAAUGGUCGCAUGGGGUAUGGUGAAAUGGGUACCAGGUGGACAUGUGACUUUGUUAGUACCAGUGAAUUCUUUGGUACAUAUCAUUAUGUAUUCAUAUUACCUGCUUACUAUUUGGGACGAGGCGUAUAAACAGUCAUUGUGGUGGAAGAAACACGUCACACAGAUUCAAAUUCUACAAUUUCUACUAUUGCUGAUACAUUUCAUACUGGUAGUGACGAUACCGGAUUGCGCCGUCCCUCGCCAGCCUGCCUAUAUAUUAAUACCACAAAAUCUCUUCAUGGUAAUUCUGUUUGUAGAUUUCUAUUACCGUUCUUACAUAAAAACUGUUAAACAAGCGUGAUUUCAGUUGUGACUAACAAGCAGUUAGAAACAUAAUUACUACAAUAUUAAAUACGAAAACAAAUAUAUUUGUUUUAAUCG